AUGGAGGUGCACCAGGUCCCUGUGAUCGACAUUGGGGCCUUCACGGCUCUCGCGACGGACGCAGAGGUGGACGCGGCGCUUCGAGACACCAACAACUCGUCCAUCCGCCAGAUCAUCGACGAGGUCUCCGCUGCUGCGAGCGAGUGGGGGUUCUUCUACGUUGCGAACCACGGCCUACCAGCGCAAGACGUCAAGAGGUUCCAGGAGUUCAUGCGCGCGUUCUUCCGUCUCCCGCCAGAGACGAAGCGCUCCAUCCCCCGCGUCGCUACGAACGCGCGCGGGUAUGUCGAGGGGGAACUCACCAAGAACAAGACGGACUGGAAGGAGUGCUUCGACUUCACUGGGGCCUACGAGGAUGGCCCCCCACCUCCAGAGGGGGACGGACGACUGGGCACGUCGCAGAACCAGUGGCUACAGGAGGAUAUUCUACCGGGGUUCCGCCAUGAAAUGCAGACUUACUACGACAAGAUGGAGUACAUCUCCCGCCGACUGUUGAAGAUACUGGCGGUGUCGUUGGGGGAACAGCCCGCGUUCUUCGACCAGUUCUUCCUGGGCAACAGCCCCAGUGUCAUGAGACUGAACCACUACCCUGUGGCCCCCGACCCGGAGAAGACCAUGGGGGUCUACAACCACACGGAUCCUGGCGCUCUUACCAUUCUCCUGCAAGAUGACGAAGUGGCUUCACUCCAGGUGUUUCACCGGAAGUCGCAGACGUGGGUGAAUGUGCCGCCGAGGAAGGGGACGUACACCAUCAACCUUGGCGACAUGACGCAGGUGUGGUCGAACGACAAGUUCGUGGCCCCAAUUCACCGCGUUCUGGCGACGGACAAGGCCAGUCGCUUCUCGGCCCCGUUCUUUUACUUCCCAGCGUACAAUGCCCAAGUGGAGCCUAUCAUCGUGAAGGAAGGGGACGUGCCCAACUACCGUCCGUUCAGCUGGGCGGAGUACAUUCUGGCGAGGGCUCGGGGCAACUACGCCGAUCUGGGGAAGGAGAACCAAAUUGGAGACUUCAAGAUCAACGGCCCGAUCGACGUGGCUAACUCAUAAACUCGAGCGUUAGGAUGCAAGUCAAAAUUUGAGGCUAUUUUCGUGU